AUGGGAAAUGCCAGUGACGGCACGUAUUUCUGUGCUGUCUUAUAUUCACAGACUAGUAGCAUAAAAGGGAACAUCAGACGUGUGAAUCGAAAGCCUCCGGGAGACCUCGCCGCCCAUUUCAUCGACGAAAAUGUCACAAACCCGGAAGAAUCUAAACCUGACGUCACGGGAAUUUCCCAGUACUGGGAAGUCAAUGAUCCUGCAAAAAAGAAAGAUAUCAAAACCGAGCAAGUCAAAAAGAUUGGACCCGAAAAGAAUUUGGAAAAUGCCUCCAAAUCUCAACCAGAUGAGACACCAGGAUCCUCCAAGAAUGUCAAAGACGUCGCAAAGUCUAAAAAAGACAAAAAAUACGAAGAUAAACAAUCAGUGGAUCCUGCAAAAAAGAAAGAUAUCAAAACCGAUCAAGUCCAAAAAAUUGGGCCCGAAAAGAAUUUGGACAAUGCCGCCAAAUCUCAACCAGAUGAGACACCAGCGUCCUCCAAGAAUGUCAAAGAAAAAGUUAAGGAUUCAAAAAAACACGCAUCCAAAGUGAACACAGAAAAUGUCGAGAAGACCUCAAAGGUGAAACCUUCAAAAGUCAUCGAAGAAAAGACAGAAAAAGAUCAGAAAAAGAAAAAAUCAAUGAAAGAAAAGGAAACGAAAAUCAAUAAAAUACCAAAAGACGAUCAAAAACCUGAGAUUAAAGUCUCCAUCAAAGCGGAAGCCGAGAAGGUAAGCCAGUCCAACAAAGUCACACAAAAUCUGAAAGAGGUCGAGACUAAGGAGAAGGAAGACAGUAAGGGCAAUAGAAAGAUCCAACUGUCGAGAGCUAAAAGUGUAGGAGUUAAUCCUGACCUGAACUUGGUUGACGAGGAAGUAUUUACUGCUAAGCAUAAGAGACGAGAAUCUGAAAAUCAAGUCAAAAAUAGUAAUUUCAUUGAGAUUCUCUGUGAGGACAUCAGUUUGUCGUCAGUCGAUGAGAACAAAGAGGAAAAAAAGUUGUCCAAAUUUAUGUUGAAACAUAGAGGUAAAUUGGAAAUGAAAGUGUCCUCAGAUUGCCAGAAACUUCCAUUAUUCCCAGAAAUGGACUUUGUGAUUACGGGAGAUUCAUCCUCGAAUUUAGAUGAAAAUAAACAAGAGAACAUCGUCCUUCGGGACAAAAAUAAGAAGAAAUAUGAUAGCAAAUCAUCGUCAAAAAGCGAAAACGUACCAAAGAAUAAACAAUCUUCAAUAAAAGUAGACAAGAAUUUUAAGGAACAAAGAACAAAGUCAACAAAACAAGUUCAGCACUCCAGUCGCAGUGAAUGUCAGAAUAAAUAA